UCUUCAACGAAACUCACUGAAUGAUAGAUAUAGACCGAUAGAUAGAUGAGUUCGUUUCUACCUCUGAGGCUCCUUCUGCCUCUAACCCCACCCCUGCUUUCUCCUUCUCCGGAUUCUCAAGCUCCGUCGCUGCUCAGAUCGAAAAAUCCUAACUUUAAUCGCCGAUACUCUUGUUCUUGCCGGUGGCAGCUUUUCCCUGGGAGAAGACAGCGAUUCAGAUCCUACUCUCCAUCUAUUCCCAUGUGCUUUCCUAAAGGCCAUGACAACCCAGAUAUUUGGAGAAAUGAAGAUGAUCAUGCUACAUGUGGGCUUGAGUCAGAUGAAGAUUCCGGCCUCCGGAUUCCAACUCAGGCUCAGGCUAUCGUUGAAGGAUCUGGCUCUGUUGCAGUCUCUGAGCUAAAACCUGCCGCUGAUGUAGAUUACAUACAAGAGCUAUUGGCGAUACAGCAACAAGGCCCUAGAUCAAUUGGCUUCUUUGGGACAAGGAACAUGGGUUUCAUGCAUCAAGAACUGAUUGAGAUACUUAGCUACGCCAUGGUUAUUACAAAAAAUCACAUAUAUACUUCAGGUGCAUCUGGAACUAAUGCAGCUGUUAUCAGAGGUGCAUUGCGAGCAGAGAGGCCAGAGCUUCUUACAGUCAUUUUGCCUCAAAGUUUGAAAAAACAACCUCCUGAGAGCCAAGAACUCUUGUCUAAAGUACAAAAUGUUGUAGAAAAGCCACAUAAUGAUCAUUUGCCAUUACUAGAAGCCAGCAGGCUGUGUAAUAUGGACAUCAUAUCACAAGUACAACAAAUAAUCUGCUUUGCGUUUCAUGACAGUAAGCUUCUCAUGGAGACAUGUCAAGAAGCUAAAAAUCUUCGCAAGAUCGUCACUCUCUUCUACCUCGAUUGACUCCACUAUCUUCUUCUGGUAACCCAGAGAAGAUACAAGUCUCGAUGUAAAUGGUGAAUCUCCAUCAAACACAUCAAAACAUAUUCUUGUUUUUAUCAUCUUUUUUUUGUCUAGAUAAUAUUGUUUUAUUCAUCUAGUCCGAGUAAUUGUAAAAAGUCUACCGUACAAUACGUAAAAUGUUGUUAUAGUUGGAUCAA